AGCAAAGUUUUUCAAGUUUAUUAUGUAUUUUUAUGUUUAUUACAUAUGUGUUACUUUUCCCAGUAUGUUUUAAAUUAAUAAAAAUAUAUAAUCAAUAUUUUAUGUUAAUUCUAAAAAUGUUGAUUCUUCAAUCGUAAUUUUCACUGUGGCAACACUAACACAUCCGGAAAAUUUUGUUACCUGUCAGCCAUAUUUGAAUUACUUGUUUUCCUUCGUUUCGUUCGUUUUGCGUUUAUUCUGUUUUUGUGUUAUAUUUUUUAUUACGACUUGGCUUGUUUACGGUUUCUGAUUUUCCUGAGUGCUACGUAUUACCUGGCUUGUUAUUUGGACCCCGAACUGAUAGCGUAUAUGAUAACUUGGCUUCUUCACUUUGACUUCGAUUUUAAAACUUUUGCGAUUUUGGAUUUUGAAAAUGCCGAAAGCAUCUGCAUUAAAAUGUUAUUUUGGAUGUGUUAUCGAUGGACCGCUACACCGAUUCCCCAAAUGGGAAUAUCCUCACACUGAGAGGUUUAAUCAGUGGAAGUCUGUUCUCAGCAUCGCAACCCAAGAGAGAGGAAAUAAUUAUAUAUAUAAUUCUGUUCGCAUAUGCCACAGACACUUUGAGGAUUAUUAUAAAUCACGAAGUAAACUUUUGACCAGAAAUGCAAUACCUACAUUGAAUUUGGACUUGUCACAAACUAUACAAAUAACAAUGCCAUUGGCUGAGCAAUUUGUUGUUGGAGAGGCAUCAACAUCAACUCCAUUUAGCGACUUGUCACAAAAUCUACAAAUAACUAUGCCAUUGCCACAAAGUCCACAAAUAACUGUGCCAUUGGCUGAGCAAUUUGUUGUUGGAGAGGAACCAGCAUCAGCAUCAGUUUCAUCAAGAGCUCCUGAGAAAUGCUUUAAGAAGCGAGAAUCCAGUACAAUUAAAAAGCUUACAGAAAAACUGCAAAAAAUGCGACAAAAAUGCAAAUCUCAAUCAAAAAAAAUUCGCACAGCAAAAAAAUUGACAAUGUCAAAAUCAUUUCUGUCGACGAUAGAAAAAUUGCCUGAUGCAGCACAAAUUUUUAUGAAAUUGCAAUUGAAGGGCACUAAGAGACCAAGAGGAAGACGAUACACCACAAAUGAAAAAAUAAUGGCCUUGUCCAUCUAUAAACAAAGUCCGAAAGCAUAUAAUCUUUUGAAGAAAAUGUUUAUAUUACCGUCAAAACGUUGUUUGCAAAAAGUUCUAAGUUCAUUCCGCAUGAAACCAGGUAUUAAUGCUGAAAUAUUAGAAAAUUUAAAAAAGCAAGUGCAGCAUAUGACGGCAGAAAAAAAAUUAGUAAAUUUGUUAUUUGAUGAAGUGUCAUUAGCACCUGGGAUGGUGUAUAAUGACUUUUUAAAUGAAAUUAUUGGUUUCCCAGAUGACGGCAUAAAAAAAACAAAGGAUAUUGCGGAUCGUGCCCUUGUUUUUAUGAUAAAGGGCAUUAAAAGUAAAACAAAACAACCCAUACUAUUUACCUUUACAAAAAGUGGUAUAAAGAAGCAAGACUUAAAAGAUUUGUUAUUAGAAACCAUUAAAAAUAUUAACAGUACAGGACUUAAGGUGGUUUCAACAAUAUGUGACCAGUGUCCUACAAAUGUUGCCGUGAUAAAACAACUAAGAGAAGAAACACAAAAAAAAUAUGCUGUUGAAGGAAAACCAACGCAAACAACGUUUUUUGAGGUAGAUAACACAAAAGUUUUCCCUUUGUUUGAUACACCCCACUUAUUAAAGGGUGUCAGAAAUAAUUUAUUGAAUAAAGACGCAAAAUAUAUGUUUAAUGGACAAGAGAGAUGGGCAAAAUGGGAACAUCUGAAAAUGUUACUGGCCAUUGAUGUUGGUGAUGAUGAAAUUCGUCUGGUCAACAAGUUGACUGAAAGUCACAUAAAUAAAGAUAAAUUAAAAAAAAUGAAGGUCAAGUUAGCUGCACAGGUAUUUAGCCAAAGAGUUUCAUCAGCGCUUCGGUUUUCUGGAAAAUAUGGAAUUUUACCGGCAGAAUGCGAGGGAACUGCAGAUUUUCUUUUAAUAUUUGACAAAUUAUUUGAUUCUUUUAAUGGUCAUUCCUAUCAAGAUGAAUCAAAAAUAUAUAAGGGCUGUGUAAAAAAGAAUUCCCCUCACUUCCAACUAUGGGAUGAUUUAGUUCCUGUAUUAGAAUCAAUCAGAUUUAAAUCAAUCAUUAAAAAAAAUGGUAUUGAUCAAAUUAAAUAUGAGAUGAUUCCUUCAAUAAAAAAUUGGAUAGUAAAUAUAAAAACUUUUAGAGAAAUGUGGGAAUAUUUAUCAUCCAAUUAUAGAAUCACAAGUUUAAUCACAAGAAAUUUUAAUCAAGAUCCUCUCGAAAACUUUUUUAGUAGUAUUAGAAGUAAUGGUGUUAGGAAUGUAAAUCCAAAUUGCUAUCAAUUUAUUAAUGCUUAUAAAACUUUGAUUGUUAAUAAUUAUAAUUCACCACAUUCUACAGGUGCCAAUUGUGAAGAAGAUUAUAAUUCAGCUAUGCAAUCAUUAUCUUGUUUAAUUGGAAACAAACGUGAUGAUUCUAAUACUAUUGAUUUUGCAUGUAACAUUGAUUCCUUACUUAAUGUGGUGACGGAAAUAAAAAAGAAUGAUUCUCUAUUGCAUGCUGAAUCGAAAAAAUAUGUAACAGGGUAUGUGAUUAAGAAAUCGAAGGCAAAGGUUUUCAGAAAUUGUACUAAUUGUGUGAUUAGUUUGUGUAGAUCCAGUGUAGAUUUGGAUUCGUUUAAUUAUGAAAUUGAUUACACAAAAAGAUCAUUAUUUCACCCAAGUGAUAAAUUUAUAGAUUUAAUGAAUAACAUAUAUUAUGUGAUUGUUGCAUGUCUUCGAAAUAACCCGACAUCAAAAUUUUUAAAGGAGGAAAUCAAGUUUUUCAUUGAUUGUGCAUGUGAUUUUAAUAUAAUAACUUGUAGGAAACAUAAAGCUGAUUUGAUUGAUUUCAUUAUUAAUCUUUCAAUUAAAUUGAUUGUACAUAGUUGGUGUUUAGGGGUAAAUAGGUUAAUAAAUGGAAAAAUUAGAUGUUUUGAUAGGAAUGACCAAAUUAAAAAGCAAGCUUUUGAUUACUAUAAUAAAAGAAAAAAAUAAAUGCAAAAAUGAUUCCUUAAAAUUUGUUUUUAUUUCAUUUAGUCUGACCUAGAUCGUUUAAUAAAUCAGUAAAUGAUUGAAAAUACAACUAUUUACUUUUA